AUGCGGACAGGAGAAGAGGACGAGAAAAGGAGCCGUUUAGAUCCCAGCGUUGCUGGGCAACUGCUGAAGCUGCCAUGUGUAAAUCAAGACACCCCAGGACUCGUUUUCUCUCUGGCCCAGGUGAUUUACCCAGUUUUGAAAGCCAAGCAGGCAAGCCUUAAUAUUGUUAAAUGCCAAACCUAUGUCACCGGAAAGUUCAGUUGCAAGUUGCAACCAAUGUCUGCCUAA